AUGAGUGGGAGAGAAGCAGAGGGCCGCCUGGAGGUCCUUCAGAUCUACCGCCUGCUGCAGCACAUCCAUAAGGGGGAUAUGGUGCAAAUAGAGAAGAUGGUGAACCUUGGGGUAGACAACCUCAUCAAUCUCACCGAGCCAAAAGACGGCAUAGGGGUGCUUCAAGUGGCAGUUUCAGCCAACAAACAGGACCUGGCCAGCUUCCUUCUCUCUCAGGGAGCACACCCUGAUAUUCAGGACAAGAAGGGCCACACUGCGGCCAUGUUGGCUGCUGAGAUGGGCAAUGAUGCCAUAAUGGCACUUCUGGUCGAAAAUGAUGCUAACCUCAGGCUACAAGACGCUGAGGGCAAAGGUGUGCUGUUCUACUGCAUCUACCCCACCAAGCGUCACACUCGCUGCCUGCAAGUGGCACUAACCUGCCAGGCAGAUGUCAACAAUGUAUCAGCGCAGGGAAUUCACGUCUUCCAGUUGAUGUGUGAAAGAGCCGAGGAGUGCACCCCCAUGUGUCUCAUCAUGCUGGAUGGAGGGGCAGACCCUAAUGCUACAAACCAGGCAACCGGCAUCACAGCUUUGAUGGGGGCGGCUAAGGCAGGCUCACUCCAGCUAGUUAGAGCCAUUCUCAAGAGAGGUGGAAAUCCCAAUGCCCUGGAUCGACAGCGACUGACAGCAGUACACUAUGCGGCCAUGGGGGGCUUCUUAGAGGUGAUUCAGGUGCUGUCCGCAUACUCAGCAGACAUGGGUGUGAUCAACCUAGAUGACUGCACAGCUCUACACUACGCUGCAGCCACAGGAAAUGCCAACUGCUGCAAGUUCCUGGCACAAAGAGGUUGUAACCCGAAAGUGAAGAACCAGGAAGGUUUCCUGCCACGUCAGAUUGCCAAAAACGCUGGUCACAAAGCUGCAGCCAAGGAGCUGAAGAAAGCAGAGCGAAAACAGGGAAAAGGCCAAAAAUCAAGCAGUGACAGCCUCCUGUCAGACGUAUGGGCCCUUACCCUCCAUGACUGGUCUUAUGAGUAUGAGACAGAAUUACGGCAAGCCUUUGGGGCCAAUUUAGAAACGGUAACCACAGAAAUGUUUACUUCAGUGAUGGAAGACCUAAAAGCUCCAGUUGAUGUAGAACAGGUCAAUCAAGUCAUCUCAGCCCAUGACAAGGGGGGUGUCAACAUCAAUGAUUUCUUCAAAGGGGUCAAGUACAUCAAGAAACCGUUCCUCAUCUCCUCGUAUAUUCCUAAAAAGAAGGGGGAAAAGGGAGGGAAAGGAGGAAAGAAGAAGGGUAAAUUUGUCCUUCCUAUGCCUAUCUGCACACUUCCCCCAGAGCUGAUGCCCCGAAGAGCAGAUGGAGGCCCUCCUCACUUUAUGAUUGAGACUUACUACAACUGCUCAGACCCCCUUCGAUUUGACCGAGAUCACCCGCCGGAACAUCCCAUAAUGAAUGACUCGGGGCGGUACUUGGAAAAGCCAGAAAAGGUCUACGUCAACAUCAACUACUGUGUGAAAAGUGGAGACCUGGAGUCGCUGAACCUUGCUUUCAACCAGGGAGUUCCUGUGGAUGUUAAAGAUCAGUUUUACAAGACUCCACUGAUGGCAGCCUGCACCAGUGGCAACUAUGAAGUGGCUCAAUAUCUCCUGACACAUGGGGCGGAUGUGAAUGCGUGUGACCAGUUCUCCUGGACGCCUCUCCACCAUGCGGCUCAGGCUGGACAAGUGGAACUUCUUGAGCUCUUGGUGAAGGCAGGGGCCAACAUAGAUACCAAGGGCCUCAGUGGAGGUACACCCCUCAUGAGGGCCAUCGAGAGCUCUCGACCCUCCUGUGUGGACUUUCUCAUCAAGGCAGGUGCCAACGUUUACUCCGAGAACAAGAAAGAACAAAACUGCAUGGAUAUUGCCAGAGCUUUUGGAGACCCCAGGAUAAUUGAUUUGGUAAAAGACAAAAUGGAUUCUUUACCGAAACCAAAGGACACAGGAAAAAAAACAGGAAAGGGGGGCAAUGCUAAAAAAACUAAAGGAAAGGAUGUUGCUGCAGAAGUGUCCAUGCACACAGAGACAUCAACUGCAUCAGCAGGAAAGACCUCUCCUCAGAAAGAUUCAAAGAGCAUCAUCACAGAAAACACCAGGAUCACUACAGGAAAAUCCAACACCGUGGAUAUCACCUUUGUGCCAAAAACAGUGUGGGGGAAGCCACCAACCACCAGCCAGCUUAUGUCAAAGAUGGAUCGGCGGAAGGAGCUCUUGUCCCUGGAGGUGGACUUUGAUGACUUCAUGAUGCCUUUCAGCCAUAACAUCCAGAGGAAAACGCUGGAGCCGUCCAAAACCACAGACUAGACCCAAAGGAGGUUAGGCAGAGAGAGACACUCAGACAUUCUGGACUCAUAGUCUGUAUCCUGAGUGUAGCAGCCACCUGUGGCAGCUAGCCACACUUGAUUGUUGAAUUCUUCACAGCGACACUGCUGGACAUCAUGUUACCUCUAUUGUUAAUCUAAUUAUGUAGUUCUGCUACUGACAGUGUCAGUUUAGUAAGAAAUAGUCUGCAGGAAGUACAUGUAGGUUUUCACAACAGUUAUUCACAAAGGGUAGAAGCUGUUAUAAUAAUCAGAUGACAAAGACUUUUUGUAAGUAUUUUAAAACUAGCUAAAAGAAAAGACAGAAUUCUCAGGAACACACUGUCAAGUCACAUUGACAGCAUGCUGUUUCUGUUUGUUUUCUUUCAACUGUCAGACAAAAGACAACAUCUGACAGUCAAUACGUCUGUACAUG